UCCGCGUCCGCUUCAGUCUGUCAGCGUCUGUCGCUCGACAAACCUCGAACCUCCGAUCCAAUCCGGUACGAUCUGAACCGAACAAGCCCGAUCCACGAUGAGCUGUCCCUAUGCUGGAAAUGGAAACGAGCACGAUGACUCUGCAGUGCCACUGACCACAGAGGUGGGCAAGAUCUAUGGGGAAUAUCUGAUGCUGGACAAGCUGCUGGAUGCCCAAUGUAUGCUCUCCCAGGAGGACAAGAGACCCGUGCAUGAUGAGCAUCUCUUUAUUAUUACGCACCAGGCCUACGAGUUGUGGUUCAAGCAAAUCAUCUUCGAGUUUGAUUCCAUAAGGCACAUGUUGGAUGCCGAGGUCAUUGAUGAGACCAAGACCCUGGAGAUUGUCAAGCGACUCAAUCGAGUGGUUCUCAUCCUGAAGCUCCUGGUGGAUCAAGUACCCAUACUGGAGACCAUGACACCGUUGGACUUUAUGGAUUUCCGCAAGUACCUGGCUCCUGCCUCCGGCUUUCAGUCAUUGCAGUUCCGUCUGAUCGAGAACAAGCUGGGCGUGCUCACCGAUCAGCGGGUGCGGUAUAAUCAAAAGUACUCCGAUGUCUUUAGCGAUGAGGAGGCCAGGAAUGCCAUCCGGAGUUCUGAGCAUGAUCCUUCACUGCUGGAGCUGGUCCAGCGUUGGUUGGAGCGAACGCCGGGCUUGGAGGAGAGUGGCUUUAAUUUCUGGGAGAAAUUCCAGGAGAGCGUCGAUCGUUUCCUGGAGGCUCAGGUUCAGAGCGCCAUGCAGGAGCCAGUGGAAUUGGCCAAGAACUACCGCCUGAUGGAUAUAGAGAAACGACGUGAGGUCUAUCGUUCCAUCUUCGAUCCGGCUGUCCACGAUGCCCUGGUGCGACGCGGCGACCGGCGGUUUAGCCAUCGUGCCCUCCAGGGUGCCAUUAUGAUCACCUUUUACCGGGACGAGCCGCGCUUCAGUCAGCCCCAUCAGCUGCUCACCCUGCUCAUGGAUAUUGAUUCGCUGAUCACCAAGUGGCGAUACAAUCACGUGAUCAUGGUGCAACGCAUGAUUGGAUCACAGCAGCUCGGCACCGGCGGCUCCUCCGGUUAUCAAUAUCUUCGAUCCACACUAAGUGAUCGGUACAAGGUGUUCCUGGAUCUGUUUAACCUUUCCACCUUCCUGAUUCCCCGCGAGGCAAUUCCACCGCUGGACGAGUCUAUUCGCAAGAAGCUCAUCAAUAAGAGUGUGUGAGGAUAUCGAGAGAUUUUUGUUUUUUUUU